GCAAAUUUAUUAUUUAUUGUUCAAUACGAUUUUAAAUAUGUUAAAAAAGAAAAAUAAUGUGUCUAAUUAAGAUAAGAUUUCUAUCGUAUAUGUGAAGAGAGCACUUAAGGAGAGGAAAAUAUAUUUUAUUUUUUAAAUGAGGUGCUCGAUAUAGAUAUGUCUGAUAUUAUUCAAAUUGGAGUUGCAGAAAAGUGUGAGUUGUGGAAAUUGGAAAGUCGUUUUUUUCCUAGUAAAGUUGGUGGUAAACCAGCUUGGUUAGAAUUGAAAAACAUUCCUGAUGCCAAACAACUUGCUUGUAAUCACUGCAAAAAUCCUUGUAUUUUUUUAUGUCAGAUAUAUGCACCUUAUGAAGAAGAUGAAAAAGCAUUUCACAGAACACUUUUUGUUUUUAUUUGUAAGAAUGUAGAUUGUUGUAAAGAAAAUUACAAUGGUAAUAUAAAAGUGUUACGAUCACAAUUAGAAAGAAUAAAUGAAUUCUAUUUACCAGACCCACCUUUGGAAUCACAAGAUUGGAGAUCUGAUAUAUGUGUAGAUAGUUGGUGUAAAACUUGUCAUGUUUGUGGUAUUUUUUCAUCUUAUCAUUGUUCUAAGUGUAAAAAUAUUAAUUAUUGUUGUCAGUUACAUCAAAUAUGGGAUUGGAAAACUAGUCACAAAAAAUUAUGCAAGAUUAAACAAUCGUUGAAUUGUAAAAAUAUUUUAUUUCCUGAAUUGGAACUUGUAAUAGAACCUGAGGAAAGUAAUCAAGAUAUUGAUGUUAUUGAAAGAAAGGAGAUUGAAAAAUUUAAAGAUCUCAUCGACAAGGGACAAGCUGGUUGUUUGCAAUCAGAGGAUAUAGAUAAUGAUUUAUUGAAACUGGCAAAUAAUGAAGAUAAAACAUUUUCUAAAUUUCGGAAAAGAAUACAAAAUAAACCUAAUCAAGUCUUGAGGUACAAUAGAGGUGGAAAACCAUUAUUUAUUUCAUCAAGCCAUCAACCACUUGAUAUUCCAAAUUGUGAAAAAUGUAAAAGUGCAAGACAGUUUGAAUUUCAAAUAAUGCCACAACUUUUACUUUAUUUACAAAUAGAUGAUAUUUUAAAUAAUAUUGAUUGGGGAAUUUUGACAAUUUAUACUUGUAAAAAUUCAUGUAUUACAGAAUCUAAAUAUGUAGAAGAAUAUGUAUGGAAACAAGAUAUUGUAAUAGAAAAUUCAAGUAAAAACACUCAUAUUAUCAAGAAAUAACACUAUUGAG